AUGGCGGGCCCUCGCUCCUCCCAACGAUCGACCGUCUCCUCCCGCUCCACCACCCCCCACGCCGCAUCUUCCGGCACAAACUCCGGCGCCAAUUUCGGCGGAUCCUCUGCUUCCGCGUCCCCAUCCUUCCUCUCCCGCGCGUUUCCCGCGUUGGCAGCGUCGCUUCUCGCGCUAACGGCUGUCGUCUUUGCGUUCACCUACUCGAGGCCGUCGCUUGGGCGAUGCGACGUACUCCAGCUGCAGCUCAUGGGACGAAAGCAGGGAGACGAUCUGGGGAAGCACCUGAAAGUGCUGGAGAAGCAGAUGAAUUACAACAAGAAACUCGUGGGAGCACUACAGGCAUCUCUCGCCAAGUUGACUGCUGCUGACUCAGCAGCGGCGGCAGAGGCCGACACGUCAACGCCUGCUGACGUGGCAAUCCCUGGGAACGCCAGCACGCGCCAGCUGGUCGAGCUGGCAGCGCGACAGGUGGCGGAUGAAGUCCGGGCAUCAAUGGAGGAAACGGACCUUGCACGUUUGCGGGACGUCAUAGGAGCUACAGUGCGCAGAACAGGCAAAUGGACCGCCGCCCUUGCCGCCCGCUCCUGCCCCCAAUGCCCCGACUGCUCCCUCACUCCGCCGUCCACAAUCGGCCCCGUCUGCACUGCGCCGGGAUUCUGUGGGAUGCAGCGCAGGUCGUGGGAUGGGGACAAGGCUAGAAGCACGUUGCUGGAUACCAGGGCAGAUCAGCAGGUGGCAGAGGGGGGGAAGGGGGGUGGUGGGGGGAGAAGGAGGAGAUUGACAGGUGGUGUUGAUACAGAUGGGGGGAGAGGAGGAGGAGAAGGAGUGGAUCAGUCAUUGUAUGGGGUGGAGGGAGGGGAGGUGGAGGGAGGGGAGGUGGAGGGAGUGGAGGUGGAGGGAGGGGAGGUGGAAGGGGGGGAAAUGGAGGAGUGGGAGGUUCCUCAGGAGGAGCUGGAAAAUGGAGGAGAGGAGGAGAGUGUGAGUGAGGGUGUCGGGGAGGACGAGAGGAGGGCGGGCGGCAGGCGGCGGCUGCUUAUGUCGCGAGACGAGUGGCCGCGGGUGACUUAUCUGUUCCGAGGCAAGAUGGCUCAUCAGAGGCACCCGGAGGAGAACGCCACAGAGGAGCGGGAUCUGAACAACAAGUUUCUCGAGUCGUUCAAGCAGCCAGGGGGGCAGCAGCCUGACUUCCUCAUCAUGAGCAUUGGGGCACACGAGGUCAUCGGGUGGAAUCGCCGCCCGCCUCCAGAUCUGGAUGUGGCGACGUUCAAGAAAGACACAGAGGAGCUGCUGCAGCUGCUGAGAGGGAGCUACAACCGGGAGAAGGGCAUGCUGCUGUGGUGGAAGGCACACUAUAUUUGGCCCGGCAAGGUUACUGGACAAGACUAUUUCACAUUUACAACACUAGGUUUUGCACUGAUACCGUAG